AUGGCUCAAGACGAGCCCGUAUGUUGUACUACUCCCCCGCCUACCGUUGAAGAAAUCCAAAAUUCGAGGCGCAACUUGAUUUCAUCUCUCAAGAGUGCUCUGUUUAUUUUGAGCUCUGCAUUGGUGAUUUUCAUUGCCUUCAGUAAUACUUUGACAUGGCAUCUUCAGCACUUUUGGGGUGCAUCUGGAGACUUUUGGCAGAGCCAGUGGAAUAAAAUACACCGGCUAUUUGGAAGUGAUAAAUAUAUAAUGGGAGUUUGGGGUACAUUUUUAGUGACUUUUCUGGUAUACUGGUGUGUCGGCUUAUGCUACACAGUACUCGACUUAACCGGAAAACCAGCAUUUGCCCUGCGAUACAAAAUUCAAGAUAACACAUCAUACCCUGUGUCUCUGCCCCAGGUUUUGGGAGUAGUGCGUCAAGUUCUAAUCAACCAAAUUCUUGUUGGAAUCCCCUUUGGCAUUUUAGCUUAUUACCUCAUGGUCUGGAGAGGAUACGAUUCUGGCCGAACUUUGCCCACAUUCCAGUGGGUCCUUUUCGAGCUUAUUCUUUGUGUGCUCAUGGAAGAAGCAGGCUUCUAUUAUUCCCACAGACUUCUACACCAUCCACGCAUCUACAAGUAUAUUCACAAGCGACACCAUGAAUGGACCUCGCCUAUUGCAAUCACAGCCGUAUACUGUCAUCCGGUGGAACAUAUUUUCUCGAAUUUAUUGCCACCCCUUCUGGGACCAUUGCUUCUUGGAAGUCAUACUGCAACAUCUUGGCUGUGGUUUGCUAUUGCCAUUUUGUCAACCCUCAAUGCUCACUCUGGUUUUCACUUCCCAUUUUUCCCAUCACCCGAAGCUCAUGAUUUUCAUCACUUGAAAUUCAACCAAAACUUUGGCGUCUUGGGUGUUUUGGACCGCUUGCAUGGCACCGAUUCCAUGUUUCGCAACAGCAAGAUGUAUCAGCGCCAUAUCAUGCUGCUCAGCUUGGUGCCACUAAAGCAGCUUUACCCAGACGAUCCCAAGAAGAAGUAAACUCGUCUGCAGAAUCAAGAUCUUGCGUGUGGAGAUUAUUAUAAAUGUGCCUGAAGUUAAUGCAUAAAUGUGUACCGUUUUUAUGUCAAUCCUUGCCUUAACUGCUUUAUUUUGUCACAAUAAUGCACUUCUUCAUAUCA